AUGGAAGCGCAGAAAUCCUUCCAGUUGCAGUGGGACAAGUUCGCGGCCGCGGUGGCUUACUUGACGGAAUGCUCGGAACGUGACGAGACUUUUGGAUGCGCCAAGCUGGUCGAGCUCCUGUACUACGCGGAUGGCGCUGCCUACCUGCAAUUGGGAAAGUCCAUCACCGGGUCCAACUAUAUACAUGCGGAUCAUGGUCCGUUGCCCGAGGAUUGGCAGUCCCUGGCGGAUCAACUGGAACGCGAGGAAAUAGUUCGAGUCGACGUUGAGGUUCUUUCGAGCCGGCAUCAGCGCCAACGGCCUCUGCUCGGUCAAAAAGCCACAACCUCUCCGCUAAAUGACCAGGAACGCUCUAUUCUUGACGACCAGCUGCGCCGUUUUGCCGAGUUCAACGCCGGGCAGAUCGAAGAGUAUUCCCAUGACGAGGUAGCCUGGCGGACUACGGAGCCACAGCGGGUGAUGCCUUGGGAAUUGGCGGGAAUCAGAAUCCCCAAGCUCACCGACGAUGUGAAGGUGAGGGGGCAGAGAAUAGCAGAACACAUCCAGAAGAACGGCCGGCAAAUAUCGCGCAUCCUCGUCGAACGACAAGAUGCGAUAUAG